AUGAAUUACCCUGACUUUUUAAAUCAACCAAGUCCGUCUGAUAACUUUAAAUCAAAUGGACAUAAUUCUUAUAACAACAACAAUGGGGUGUCCCCGACAAAUUCUAUUGACGACUCAAUUGGUAGCCAGCAGCAACAGCCACAACGUCAACGGCGCCAACAGCAACAGAACCAACAACAGCAACAUUUUAAUAAUAUGAUAUUUAACAAUUUGUCAACUUUAGAUGAAUCUCACGCAUCCAUUGAUUUAACCUCGCCACCACAACAACAAAAUUAUUAUUCUCAAUUUGGAUAUAUAAAUAAAGAUGUAUUCAAUUUGCCACUUGAAUUACAAGGAGGAGUAUCUAAUAUCUCAUCAAGAAGACCGAGCUAUGCUGCAGAAUCGUACACUAGAAGUAAUGUACCUAAUGUUUUCCCGCCUAAUCAACCAUCUCAAGCGGAACCUCCUGUACCUCAGACCGCUACAUCCUCAACUUCAAGAUUUUUCGGUCCAGGCACUUCACCUGCAACAACCAAUAAUUUCAAUGAUCCGAAUACUAUAAAUAUGAGUCAAUUAGAUGAAAGUUUUGCCAAUUUUAGUUUAAAUUCAAAAUUGAAUAGUUUUCAAUCUCGAAGGCCAAGUCAAUUAGUAGAUGUUCCACCAUUUAAUCCAUUUUACAAUCAAUUACCAUUUAACCCUUCUUUUGUCCCUUUUCAAGAACAACAGCAAAAGAGACUGCCACUUUCUCAGAAUGUUCCUUUGCCAUAUCAACAAUCUCGUCAACAUCAACAGCAACAGCAGCAGCAGCAGCAGCAACAACAACAAGAUCAACAGCAUCCGCAACAACAACAACAGAUGCAACAACAACUGAAUCUGCCCACUUUCCUGCAGACUUCAAUGGCAAAGCCAUCUUAUCAAGUACAAGGAGGGCAACAACAAAAGGGUGGAUCGCCAGGAUCACAACUUGGUAGUUUACCUGCUGAUGGAUCAAUUAAAUUAGAAAAUGGAUUAAUUUUGAAAGAUAAAUAUAUUGUUGCAUCUCCGGAUUUGAAAUCACUUUAUUUAAAGACUAUUAAAUAUUUUCAAGAUCCCAAGAUUACUUCUGAAGCCUUGACAAGAUUGAAUGACUUAUUACAAACCCCCGUGAUAAUUAAAUUAAUUACAUUUAUUAAAAAUUUGAACAAUUUGACAUUUAAUCAUAAGAUUCUUUGUCUUGUUAUUAAUAAAAAUGGGAAAUUUGAUCUAUUAUCAUAUCCCAACAAUUCCAAUAUUUUUUUGCAAAAGAAUGAUUUGGUAAUUGUCGAUGGAGACCGUGGUAAGGAUUUAGUUAUGAUUGUUGAACCAUUAGUGAAUUUAAAUUUUGCAAUUUUAUUUAAUUUCUUGAAGAAAUUAGAACAUUUAAAAAGUUUAGCCAUUCAAGAUGGACAAGCAUCUCCAACUUCUGCUGCUGCUGCUGGGAGCAAAGCCAGUGGAACUCAUUCUACUUCAUUAAAUGCCUCGAGUAUUAUUAAUUCCCAUGCUAAUGAAGAUAAUGAGUUUAUUAUCACCUUGCCUACUAAACAAGUUUUAAGAUUCGCUACACCUAAAGAAGUACAUAAAAUAAGUGGGAAAUUCCUUGAAGAAAAGAAAGCAUUUAUAGCGUGUUAUAAUAAGAUUAAAGAACUUAAUCUUGAAUCUAAUUUAACGUUAAUCAAUGUUGAAUAUCAAAGUGAUUUUAAAAAGUUGAUAUUUUAUUAUUUUGCCGGAUUUAAACGAAUUGAUUUCAGGGCAUUGAUUAAAGAACUUUUUAAGAUUUAUAAAACAAGAAUUUGGCUUUGUGCAGUAUUACCAUAUAACAAUCCCGGUAGUUAUAUUACCAUGGAUGAUAAUGAACCAGCACCAGAAGUUAAUAAGAUGGAUAUUAUCCCUCAGGAAUAUGAAUUAUCAAAUGACCAAAUAUUGAAUUUUUCCAUAAAUGAAUUUGAUAAUUUAACUAAACCAAAUUAUUUCCAUCUGGUGAAUUUAUUGAAUUUGAUUCAUCAUUUAGAGAAUGAAAUUAAGGGAUACUUUUAUGGAUUUAAUAACACUAAUACAAAAAAAUCCCCAGAAGAGUCAGGUUCAAGAUGA